AUGUCGGGCGCACAAGAUAACCAAACCAGCGCGCUUGAGAACCAAGAAAACGUGCUUUCGAGACUGCGAGGCUCGAUGAAGUCCCGGACGACCGCCACGGACAAUAAGGAGAAUUUUGCGCCGCAGUCGACUGCUACCAGGACAGUGCUGGGAGCACUAACGAACAACCAGAGGAGCAAAGCCCUGAACCAGCGCGCCUACAAGCAGGAAUCCUUCAAGCCACAAUGCAAAAGUGGAGACCUUGACAAAAUCGCCAAGCCACCACCCUUCCAGAUACAUGUUGACCAGCCCUCUGAGGACCCUGUCAAUAAGGAGUGCAGUGGUGCCGCCACCGUCAAAGUUGAGGAACUUGUUGAGGACACGCCGCUGAAAAUCGACAAUGUCGUCGCCCGUCUGCGCCAGCCUCUGGCCGCACUCGACAUCCCUACAGCAACCAUGGAUGUCAGUUUUGAUUCUCCAAUGGACAUGUCCAUGGUCGGUGGUGAGGAGAAAAUCAUUGAUGUCACAGAGGUGCCUGAAUAUGCUGCAGAGAUUCACACUUAUUUGCGGGAAAUGGAGGUGAAGUGCCGGCCCAGGGUGGGUUACAUGAAGAAGCAGCCUGACAUCACCAACAGUAUGCGUGCCAUUCUGGUUGACUGGCUCGUGGAGGUGGGCGAGGAGUACAAGCUCCAAAGCGAGACUUUGUACCUGGCUGUCAAUUACAUCGACCGCUUCCUCUCAUCCAUGUCGGUGCUGCGAGGAAAGUUGCAGCUGGUGGGCACCGCCGCCAUGCUACUGGCCUCCAAAUUUGAGGAAAUCUACCCCCCAGAGGUGUCGGAAUUUGUCUACAUCACAGAUGACACUUACACCAAGAAGCAGGUGUUGAGAAUGGAGCAGCUAGUGCUCAAAGUGCUCUCCUUUGAUCUGGCUGCACCCACCAUCAACCAGUUUCUCACGCAGUACUUCCUGCACCAUGCAGCUAGCAAGCAAGUGGAGAGCCUUGCCAUGUACCUUGGCGAGCUCAGCCUGGUGGAUUCUGAUCCCUUCCUGAAGUACCUUCCUUCUCAAACUGCUGCAGCUGCCUAUGUCCUGGCAAAUCACACAAUCACUGGUGCAUCAUGGCCAAAGUCCCUGGUGGAGAAAACUGGCUACUCUCUGGAAGACCUCAUGCUGUGCGUGGAGGAUCUUCACCAUAUGUACCUGAACGUACCGCAGCAUCCUCAGCAGUCUGUCAAGGAGAAGUACAAGUCUUCAAAGCAUCAUGAAGUUUCCACCAUUGAGGCUCCAGCCACUCUGCAGUUUGACUAA